AUAUCCCUCCAUAUAUGCUUUUACUGCGAACUGAAGAACUGAAGAUCAAGCAAUAUAUAUAUAGCACCAAUAAUAUAUAUCAUCGGUUUGGAUCGGCGAGCUGGCCUGGGGGCAUGUAAUGAUAUAAUAAUAUAUAUAAUAUAUGCCGAAUCCAAGAGACAGAAGAAGCAGCAAAGAUGCGGCGGCGUAUUCGGAGAUGGUUUCGCCAUUAUUGGCGGCGGGGAUUAACAGAGAACGGGAGAUGAGUGUGAUGGUGUCUGCUCUGGCUCACGUCGUGGCGGGAGACGACGUCAUCACUAGCGGCGCCGGCGGCGAUGGAAUAUUAUCUUUGACAAGUUCGUUAUUAGAUUCAGUGGGUGCUAGCAGCGCUAGCGGCAGUAGUAGUGGAGGAUUAUCGUCAUCGUCAACCUCAGUUUGCAGCUCUUAUUACCACCAUGACGACUUGUCUUUACUUGGAGACUCCACCCUUGGAUCAUCACCAGCUCAGAGUGGUGGUAGAAUAGCAAGAACAAGGAGUGGCCCACCUGAAACUGCGACGUUUAUAUACACUCCGACGACUACACACCAUAACGCCCAAGUGGAGCCGGGAAGACAAUACAGAGGAGUGAGACGGCGGCCAUGGGGGAGAUGGGCGGCCGAAAUCCGAGAUCCCAACAAAUCCGCCAGAGUGUGGCUCGGCACUUUCGACACCGCCGAGGCCGCCGCCGAAGCCUACGAUCAAGCCGCCCUCAGGUUCAGAGGCAGCAAGGCCAAGCUCAAUUUCCCGGAAAAUGUAAGCUUGUUGCCUCCCCCUUCUUCUUCUUCUUCCUCGGCUAGGGUUUCGUCUCCUGCCGCUUUCUCUCCGGCUCCUUAUUCUAAUUUCGGUUCGCCGGCGGUCGUCAACCGCCCCGGGAGUUUGUUGGAACAAGGGGUAUGUUCGCCGGAAUCUUUGUCCUCGAUGCUCCCUUCUGCUCAGCCACCGGUUCGUUUCGGCCAUGCCCGUGGCCAGAGUAGCGGAACGAAAUCUCCCGUUGCUUUUUGGUCGGAUUAGACUCACCACCCGUCUUCUUCUAGAGUGUUCUAGAUGAUCUGAAAAUCUUUUGCGUACGUAAAAAUGGAUAUUUCUAGAUGUGCACACUUUUAAAUAAUGAAUUGCGGGUAACACUAGUAUAGGAUAUUUGCAAUUUGAGCUUAAACAUUUUUGCAGUUUUACUAUUCCUAAGGGGAGUAUGCUGAUAUUAAAAUAUUUUAGAAGUUUUUUUUUUUUUUUGUUGCAAUUAAAGGUCAUUUUCUAAAAGGAAGUGACUCUAAAUUGUAUUUUGGAGAACAAUUAAAGUAGUGCGUGGAUGGUUAAUGUGCU